AAUUAAUUUCGUUAAUAUGGUACCGCUUUACGGGUUCUGUAUUUUAAGGAAAUUCAUAAUAUUUGCAUUACAUCACAGAUAACAUCUCUGACGUUAACAAUUAGCAUGGAAUUGUGUUACAGCACGGUCCGAGUUGACAGCCGAACCAUAUAAACAUGGCGGACUCCUCGCGCACAGAAGAGUCUGAAAUAUUUACUGUUAAAGAAAUGGACACUCAAAUGGAAGAACGUGUGAGUAAUGAGAAUGGCGGUGAAUGUAACAAGGAAGAAGACGUGACUAACACUCAAACAGAGGACCCUUUCAAAAAACCUGCUCUCUUUGCGGCGCCUUCGCUCGUGAGUAAACGAGGUCUUGUCGCGAGCAGAGCAGCAAGAAAGCCUACACAUGAAGAAAAUGGCGACAAAGAACUACAACCAUCUACUUCUGAUAGUAGUGAGGCAUCUGCAGAUGAGCAAACCACCCCUUCCACGUCGGAUAAUGACAACACGUCACGGAAAGGUGUAGAGAGCGAAAAUUAUUCCGAAAAAGACCAGACUAGUGACGUCCAACCCCCACCAAGAUUUCCUGUCAAAGGAACACCUAUUGGCAAAUUUAAACCCCACCCUCCUGUUCCAUAUGCCGAACCUCCUUGGGCAGGAGUGGCAGAUGUCCCAUAUUCCCUAGAAAUCCUCAAGAAUGGCACUAUAGUUGAUACGGUCCCACUCACCCAGCAGAGUUAUUUUGUGGUCGGACGUUUACCUGUGUGUGACGUAUCCCUGGAACACCCCUCAAUCUCCAGGUAUCACGCUGUCAUUCAAUACCGUGGGCUGGCAGGAGAAGAGGAGGCAGUUGGAGAGGCAAGAGGGUUCUAUGUCCAUGACCUGGGCAGCACACAUGGUACCUUCGUCAACAAGAACAAGAUACCACCGAAUACCUACAUCAGAGUACGGGUUGGGCACGUACUCAAAUUCGGGGGAAGCACUAGACUUUUCAUCAUGCAGGGUCCAGAGUUUGACGAAGAGGCGGAGUCAGACCUGACUGUCACAGAGCUGCGGGAGCGAGCCAGGAAGCAGCGGGAGGACCUGGAGAGGAGGAUGAUGGGAGAAGGCUCGGAUGAGGAGGAAAAGGAAGAGGGGAAAGAAAGCAGUGGUAUCCAGGGAAAGAGUUUAAACAAUGAUUCGGGCUGUUCAUGGGGAAUAGCUGAUGAGGCAGCCCCUGAAGAGGAUGAGAACGAGGCGAACCCCUUCUCCACAGAGUUCCAGGAGGACCAAGAGGCUGCUUACCUGAAGGACCCUAAGAAAGCACUGCAGGGCUUCUUUGACAGAGAAGGGGAAGAGCUUGAGUUUGAGUAUGAAGACAAAAGCCACGGUACCUGGCUCUGCAGAGUAAAGCUCCCAGUGGAUGACGCUUCGGGGAAGCAGCUGGUCGCUGAGGUGACCCACACAGGGAAGAAGAAAGAUGCGGCCAUCCAGUCUUCCCUGGAGGCGUGUCGAAUCCUGGAGGCCCGGGGCCUGCUCAGGCAGGAGGCAGUUUCCCGCAAGCGCAAGAAGAAGAACUGGGAGGACGAGGAUUUCUAUGACAGUGACGAUGAUAACUUUCUGGACCGCACCGGUGCUGUGGAGAAGAAGAGACAGGAGCGCAUGAAGAAGGCGGGAAAGAUUCAGGAGCGCCCGGACACUUACGAGUCACUGGUGGCCAAACUGUUGGUGGUUGAGAAGGCUCUGGCAGAGACCGAGAAGAAGCUCAGUGCUACAGGGAGAGACGGCUCUCACUCAUCCUCCGAGGACCCCCUGGAUGCCUUCAUGGUUGCCGUGCGCAGCGAGGCGGCGCUGGACGGAGUGGAGCGCCGUAAGCUGCACGUGCACACCGCCGACCUGCGUAAGGAGGCCCAGAGACUGCGCCGGCUGGUGGAGCUCACGCGGCCAGCCCAGAUGCCUUCACUGCAGACGGGGUCUAUGAGUGGGUCGUCCGACGUAGACAAGCCUAAGAAGCGGUCCCUACCGCUGUUUGGUGCCAUGAAGGGAGGCGCCAAGUUCAAACUGAAGACUGGGACCAUAGGGAAGUUGCCCCCAAAGCGAGCCAAUCUGCCCACAGAACUCUUCAACAUGAAAGGAGAGGAAGAGGAGGAGGAGGAAGAAGAGGAGGAGGAGGAUGACGACAACAACAAAGGGAGUGAAGACUUGACUGAGGCUGACAUCCAAGCUGAGGAACCCCAACAGUCCAAUGAAAGCACUGAUUCCACAGAGGGCUGCAGUACAGGAUGCCAGAGGCAGGACCCACCUCUGUCCCAACCCCCCAGAGGGAAAAAGCUGUCCCAGAGAAGUAUAGAUGUAGAGGAGCCUGAGGAAACCAUGGAAGAUGCGCCUCUCGGCCGUUUAAAGCCCUUACCAGACCCUAAAGAAGGGGGCAAGGAGGCGGCAGCUGCCAAGCCCAGUCCGAGGACGUUCUUGAAAAAAAGAACCACCGGCCCCAACAGACCUCCAGCCGCCCAAUCAGGACAGUACCCUGAGGAUGACCCAGACUAUUGUGUCUGGGUGCCCCCCACAGGUCAGUCUGGGGAUGGCCGCACCCACCUCAAUGAAAAGUAUGGCUACUGAACACACGGCUCAAACUUUUUGACCCUUUUUGUUUCUCGACUCCACCCACCUGCGGACUUAGCAGCAACACACACACACAGGCCUCCAUCCACUCGGUAUCCAUUUGUGUUCUAUGACACUCCUGCGUAAGGGAUAUUGCAUGCAACAUACACUACCAUUCAAAAGUUUAGGGUCACUUAGAAAUGUCCUUGUUUUUGAAAGAAAAGCACCUUUUUUUUUGUCCAUUUAAAAUAACAUC